CAACAGUCCUCGCACUGCACAAAAUGUGGAAAAUAUUAUUUCUGAUCCAUGCGGGUCUGGCUGGUGUCUGGGCCGCGGACUACGAACUGCUGCUCGAGGAUCCGGAUAUAUUUGCGAGAUGCACCGAAGCACCCCCAGGGACAAUCUUCUUUCGUGACGCCAUCAAUUUUGAUAAACUGAGUGUCGAACAGGAGCCGAACACUCUGCACGUAUCGGGCAAUGCCACCACCACCUGGGAUCUAGAGCCCACCGAUCGCAUAGCCGCCAAGUUCGCGCUGUUUCAGUACCAGCGGGGCAACUGGGAGCCGACUGUGUUUACCAUGGCCACGCAGGACUUUUGCAGCAUUAUGUACGACAAGGAUCAGUAUUGGUACAAGUAUUGGACGGUGCACAUCACAAAUCGCAACGAGGUAGAACAGCAUUGCAUCAAAAAAGCAGGUACCGUCCUUAUCCAUGAGCCAUUUGUAAUGCGACUGAUUCUGAGGAACAUACGGGGUGCCACCCUGCAAGGACGCUAUAAAACGGUCAUCAGCUUUGAGGCAUUCGAUGAGAAAAAUGUACCUCGCGGCCCGGGUGUUUGCUUCGAAAUCAGAGGCGAGGCUGAAAAGUUGAAAAAUUGAAGAGCGAACGCUGCAGGAAAAGCGGCUGUCGCUGGUUUAUAUUUUUACGGGUUUCUUAGCUUAGUAAAUGCAACUUUUAUCAACAUGCUUCUGGGCUAUAAAGAACCAAUUGCCAGGCACACAA